AUGCCCGCUCUUCGCACACGCGAUGCCCAAUCCCGAUCACUCGAAGUGACGACGGACGCCCCCCAGCCACCAACCCUCGCCAUAAUCUCGCCCACCCCCCGCGCCUUCACGUUCCCUACAACCCACAACCUCACCGACAGUCCUUACUCCUCCCCCUCCAACUCUCCCUUUGAACUCGCCGCCACCAGCACACCCCCGAGCUCCUACCGCACCCUCUCCCCCGCCACAACCACCUCUCCCAGCCCUAAAGAACGCCGCCCCAAAAAGGGCGACGAAGACUACAUCAAACGCCCCGAGAACGCGUUCAUCCUCUUCCGCCGGAAAUGCUGCGAGGACCGCCAAGAAGGGUCCCCCCCAACAACGAAGAAACAGCGCCAGGCAGACCUCUCCAAGACGAUCUCCCAGCAGUGGAAGGGUCUCUCCGCGGAGGAGCGGCAGUACUGGGAACAGCUCGCCAAGGAGAAGAAGAAGGAGCACGAGCAGAUGUACCCCAACUACGUCUACCGGCCUCAGCGGACGAAGAAGGCUUCUGCUGGCGGGAGGAAGAGUGGGAGUGGGGGGAGGCGGGAGAGCGUGGAUUCGGAGUACAUGUCCUUCGUGCUCCCGACGCGACAGCUGCAUGGACGAUCCUCGUCUGCGCCUAGUCCGUACCAAGCGAUCCAGAUACCCAACGUGUACAUGUCGCCGCCCUCGUGCCCGACAUCGCCGUCCCUGAUGCCUAUGAUCAGCGCGAGCAGGAGAGGCUCCGAGGUCGCGUUCGAUUUCCAGCCGACGACGACGGCGUAUAACAUGGGUUACGAAGCAACUCUCCAGCCCCCAGAGUACGUGUACGACACCCAAGGUGGAGGAGGACUCACGAACAGCCCAACGGAGCUUCUCCCACCCGCGCAGAUCACCUCGCCCCCAUCCUCAAUCUGCUCAUCCCCCCGCUCCGGCCCGUUCACACCCCCCACCAACCUCCCCCUCCCCACAUACCCCUCCUCCUCCCUCGACCAAGAACAACAACAAGCCGAAUUCGACUUGUCCCUCAACUUUUUCAACAACGCCUCUUGGUGGGGGUCCCAAGACAGCACAUCGUCGUCCUCGUCCGGGGGUUUCGCCCCAGACGACUUUGAUAUGAACGCUAUCCCGCCAAUAGAUCUGGGUAUACCAAAGUUCCACGGUGUAGUUGAGGACUACCUAGAUCCGUACGCGUUUGAUUUCGAAGGCGGUGGUGGUACGGGUGAGGUGGUUAUGGAAGGUCACGGGUUCGGGCUUUGUCAGUGA